AUGGCGAAAAGUUAUUUUUUUUCGCAAAGCCAGAGUUUAAAAUUGAAAUUUGGAGAAGCCUCCUUUGAUUUUCUCACUGAUUUUCUUGUUAAUCUCAACAAAAGAAACAAAGAAAACCUCAACAGUUUAUCAAAAUGUAGCGGAGAGUUCAAAGAUAAAAGACUAAUGGAAUACAUCUUCCUGAUAACACAAGAACUCCGACUUGAUCCGCUGGCUGGAUACCAUGCCAUUGAGUUACUUCAAAGGUUCAUGGUGAAGCACCUUACAGAUUUGUUGACCACACCCACACCUGAAGGUGCAGCUGCUGAUCAACCAGGAAGUUCUGAGGACGCUGUGUUUGACAAGGUCAAGGACAAAUUCCCCCUCAUCGUCUUCUCCUGCGUGCAACUUGCAAGCAAACUGUCUUUGCACAGUCAAAUAAUCGACAACAGCACAGCUGUGCGCUUUCUGCAUUCAGUCGGCCUCAGUGUCUCCAAGCAGACUCUCCUGGAAUCAGAGCUGAUGGUCUUAAAGGGGCUUGAAUUCAGACUAAAUGCUCCGAACCCGCUGACAUAUGUGGAAAUCCUUCUGGAGGUGCUUGGACACAAUGAGCCGUCCGUCCCCGUUGAGCGCCUGCAUCAACUGUGCCACCAUGUUCUCCAGUUCGUCAGCCUGCAGAGGACUUCCAUCUACGACUCCUUGUUAGUGACUACCACUCAGUGUGUCAGCCCAUCCAGAGAACAAAGAGAGAAGUUUGUGACAGUGACGGAGGAUUGCAUGCUUCUUGGUGUUGCUGUCAUCGCCGUGGCAACAUUCAUCCUCUAUGACAGGAAAUGGGAACAGGUCGUUGGAGAACUGAGCCACAUCACAGGAAUCUCGAGGAGGAGCAUCAGCGACUUCGCUCACGUGACGUUGACGCACAUUGUUAGAACCGAUUUCUCUGUAACAUCAACCUGA